UCUACCCCUUUUCACAUCGGUGAACCACAUCUAGUACUCACUUUAACAUACAACUUGAUGCGUCCUUCAUUUUUACAUUUGACAGGUUAAGAUGGACCAGAACUUUUACAUCAUACUAUGCAUCCUUUGUGUGUCUCACUCGGUGAUGGCUUUUAACAUUGAUCCUUCUACCUGGAAAACGUUCACUUCACCACAGAAUGUAUCCUUUGGCUAUAAGGUUAUACAGAAAGACACAUCAAGUCUGAUCGUGAGUGAUCCUUUAAUUCAAAUCAAUCAAGCUCAAAGAGGACAAAUUUAUAGCUGUUUUGUCACUGAAGGAACCUGCUCACCACAAAACAUUAUUGUGCCUUUGGAAGCUGUCAACAUGUCUCUUGGACUUUCUAUGGUUCAAGAUCCACGUUCUUCAAAGCUGGCAAUUUGUGGGCCAACCAUUUCAAAGAAAUGUGUAACAGUUACCACCUACAAUGGCAUGUGCUUUAUCAGUGAAAACAAUGUGUUAAAGCCACCAAUACCCAGCGUUCUGAGAGACUGUCCAGAUCAGAUUGACAUAGCUUUUUUAUUGGAUGGAUCUGGGAGUGUCGGGACUUCUAAUUUUGUGACAAUGAAGACAUUUGUGGUAAACAUGAUCAAACGUUUUACUGAGCGGGAUGGACAGUUUGCCAUUGCACAGUACUCCCAUAAUUGUGAAAUUCAUUACAAUUUCAACAACCUCAAAAUUCAAGACAGCACAUGGGAGUCUAAGGUGAAAGCUAUACCAUACAAUGGAGGUGCCACUUACACUGCAAGAGCCAUCCUAAAACUUGUGAAUGAGUUAUUUACAUCAGCUGGAGGGGCAAGACCAUCAGCAAAAAAAAUCUUGGUUGUUAUUACGGAUGGAGUGUCACAUGACAGGGGCUCAUUGUCAUAUGUAGCAUCACAGGCAGAGGCAAAGAACAUAGCACGAUUCGCAAUUGGGGUUGGCAAUGCUUUUAAUGAUUUCAAUGCAAAAGAGGAGUUGAAAACGAUCGCUUCUGAUCCAGAUACUGAUCAUGUGUUCAAAGUGACAGAUUUUAAUGCACUGAAUAAUAUUCUUCAAAAAUUGGAAGAGAAUAUUAUUGCCAUAGAAGGAACUCAGUCUUCAGGUGAUUCUUCCAGAAUGGAGUUUGCACAGGAUGGCUUCAGCACAGCCUUCACAGCAUAUAAAAGCGUGUUAGUGAGUGCUGUGGGAGCUUUCCAGUGGAAAGGUGGAUAUCAGGAAUAUUUUCCCAACAGCUCCUUUCGAAGAGGAAUUGAGCAUGAAAGCUAUCUAGGUUAUUCGAUGGCUGUUGCAACAGUGUCAAGCACCAACUAUGUUAUUCUAGGAGCUCCAAGAUACAAGCAUCAAGGACAAGUCCUUGUAUCACAAGCCACACAAUAUAAACUGCUGGACUCUCCCAGGCCUCAGAUUGGCUCAUAUUUUGGAGCUGAUGUUUGUGUGGUGGAUUUGAACAGUGACUCCGAUACAGACCUUCUCUUGAUAUCUUCGCCAACAUACAUGCAUCCUGAUCGGGAGGGCAAAGUGUUUGUUUACAUUUUUACAAGUCAGUUCGUUUUUUCUGAUGUGGUACUAGUGGGAAUGGCAGGUCAGAGGGGUCGUUUUGGCUCUUCUCUAGCCAGUCCAGCAGAUCUGGAUGGUGACGGUUUCAGGGAUGUGCUGAUUGGAGCUCCUUUGGAGGAGGAUGGACAGGGCAGCAUCUACAUCUUCAAUGGAGGAGUAGAUCAAAUAAAUCCCACAUAUUCACAGAGGAUUGGUGGAUCAUCGGUACAAUCAGGUUUGCGAUUCUUUGGGAUUUCACUGAGUCAGUCCUCUCUAGACCAGAGCGGAGACAGACUUCCUGAUAUUGCGGUUGGAUCCAUGGGUGCAGUUCAGCUUCUCAGGUCCAGACCCAUCAUGUUCUUGAACACCCAAGUAAGUUACAACCCAUCAAAAAUUCCAACCAGUGUAACAGACUGCACAAAGCCAUUGCAAAACUUCCUGACUGUGUGCUUCACCAUGAGUGGAUACAAACAAAGCCUAACAGAUUUGGCUGCAAAUAUUAAUUACACUAUAACACUGGAUGCUAAGCGACAGAAAUAUCGAGCUUAUUUCCCAACCAAAAACCGCCUUCUCAGUGAUGUGAUGUACAUUGAGUUGCAGGAAGUUUGCAAAAGUCAUGCUUUUUUUAUAGAGGCUUGUCCAGAAGAUGCUCUGAACCCAUUGUCCAAUCAGUUAAAUUUUACAUCUGAGGGUCUUCCAUCUAAAACAAUGCAAAACUUGAGACCAGUAUUCCAUCCGGAGAUAAAGACCACUACAGAACACAAUGUAAAUUUUGAGAUAAACUGUGGAACUGAUAAUUUAUGUGUUGAUGACCUCAGAAUGGAUUUCAAUUUCUCUGGAUCUGCUAACAUAGAGGUUGGGAUCAUGCAGGAGAUCAAUGUGACAGUGUUUGUAGAGAACAGAGGAGAAAACUCAUAUAACACACGCUUCAUCCUCAACUACCCCUUUGGACUUUCCUAUAGGAGAAUCACAUAUAAACAGGGCAGAGUGGAGUGUGUGUCUCUGGAUGGUGUGCAAGGAGUUAAACUAGGAGAAACUACCUGCUUCAUCAGUAAACCUAUCCUCAAGGACAACUCUCAGGUUGUGUUUGAGAUUACAUUCAGUAUCAAUAAAGAAAGCACACUGGGCCGAAAUGUGACGUUUAAGGCUGAGGUCUCGAGCGGGAAUGACAAACACUCGAGCAGCAGGGAUAUUUUGAAAGAGAAGGCUAUUGGUGUCAAAUAUGCCAUCUAUACUGCCUUGAUAAGGCAUGAAAAUUCCACCAUCCACAUUAAUUUUACUUCAGGGAAAAAGGAUCUUAUGAAACCAGUCCAGCAGAUAAUAAAGAUUGAAAAUGACCUUAGAGAAUUAAAUUUCAAGGUUUUCAUCAGAGUACCAGUGAAAGUUGGUAAUGCUGACAUCUGGACUAAUUCAAGUCUGCAAAUUUCUGGCUGUAAGGAGGAGAACAUUCAGAAGCCUGUUAUCACCAAUUUUAUUGACAUUAUUAAAAGUCAACAUAUAGUGAACUGCUCUGUGGCGGCAUGUGUCGAGUUCAGCUGUGACGUCACUCUCCUAAAGAAUGAAAGAAUACUCUAUAAUAUAACUGGCAACGUCAGCUCUGGAUGGAUUGAGCAGACUGGACUCAGAGCUGCUGUUUUUCAGCUCGUCAGUUCAGCAUCUCUGGAUUAUGACAAGAGCAAAUAUGUUUUCUUUUCCUCUGAUUCUCAAGAAACUGCACCAUCUGUCCAGAUUAAUACUCAAGUGGAGGUCUAUGAGGAGGUGGACCUGACUAAAGAGAUCAUUGGAGGAGUAAUAGGAGGACUGCUGCUACUGGCUCUCAUCACUGCUGCCCUCUAUAAGGCUGGAUUCUUCAAAAGCCAGUACAAGCAGAUGCUGGAGGAGGCAAAAGGGGAUGCAGGAGGACAACCAAACAUGCCACAAUAAUCUGCACUCAAACUGUUAGGAGAAAUUAGGGUUAGGUUUAAUGAAACAAGAAUCACCUCAGAAUAAAAUAUUUCAGUCUGAUUUAGAACACUUCAUAAGAAUGAAAUUUUGAACUUAUGUCAUAUCACUACUCAGUGAUAUCUUAUUAGUGAGAUAAACAGUGAGUUACCACAAUUAAGUAUUAAUACCCUUUCAAAUGUUGCUUAUCUUCCUUUGUUAUGAAAACUAAUAAAAAACUAUACCAGAAAUAUUAGUAAUAUUGGAGCACCUUUCCCACAUGCACACAGAUCUUUUCUUAUGUUUAUUCAGAUUUGUAAAAUAGAGAAGACUGUUUCUCCCACAAAAUAAAAAAAGGUACUUGUGCCUUUUUCUCUCACUAUUUGGGCUUUAUUUCUCAAAACUGAUUUUUUUUUUUUUUUUUUUUUUUUUCAGAAUAUUAAGUCAGAAUUCUGACUUUUUUCCUCACAAAUUCAGUUUAUAUCUCUCAUUUCUUUUUUCUCUUUUUCUCUGACUUCUGAGUUAAUAUUUUGCGAUUGUUUUUUCUCUGAUUUUUUUUAUCUUACUUUUUUCCUUGUAAUUACUAAUAUACAUAUCACAAUUCUAACUUUUCAUGUAAGAAUUUAGAAUUUAUAUCUUGCAAUAAAAUAAUAGGGAUUUGAUCUGGGUGUAUUUUAAAAAUGUUUUUUUGCUUUCUGCUUAAUACAGAGAUAUUGUUUAUUUUGCUAAAUGGUGUUUUUAUUUGCAGAUAAUACUUAUAUAUAAACACACACAAACAGUGUUGUUAAAAAGGAAAAUAAAAGUUGAAAUUAAAUAUUUUUAGGCAUGUGCAUUACACCUAUUCUUGUGUCAUUUUUUAUAUGCAUACCUUCAUUUGUAUAGAAAUAAAUAUUUAAGUUUGCAAGUCAGGAAAUUCUGUGUUGAAAGAUGGCUGUGCAGCUGAGAUGUCAGAUUUAACAGAUACAUUUUUUCCGCCUGGUUAUAUCGUCUUGUCAGCCUUCCAUCUGCCCUGGACCUUUCACCCGUCGUGGAUUUAACCCUUGCCUUGUCAUUUGGACUUUGCUCGCCCCUCGUAUGAACUCUCUCCCGUCUCAUUGGAUUACCCGUUUUCCUUGUCCCUUGGAUUACAUUCGCUGCUGAUCAACCCUCGCCUGCUUCACGGACCACUCUUGUGUCUUGCUCCUCAUAUACCUGUUUGCGACUGUUUCGACCCUGCCUGUUUUUCACUAUGUCUCUGUCUCGUCAUAAUAAAAGCUCACA